AUGAAGCGUCUUUUUAGUAUAAUGGCCGGUGUGGGAAUGGUUGCCGCUGGGCCUUUACAACAUCGAGCCACAGAGACGUAUUUCUUUACUUUUGGUGAUUCCUAUACCCAGAGCAACUUCGAUGUCAAUGGCACACAACCGUCUGCUUCAAAUCCAAUGGGAAAUCCAACCAUAGGCACCGGUACAUCUUGCGGUGGUCUCAACUGGGUCGAAUACUUGACCACAGUCGACAAUGCCUCGCUGAUACUCAGCUACAAUCUCGCGAUUGGGGGAGCGACAAUCGACAACCGAAUUGUCAGUGCCCCGUAUACAGAUAUGACUACACAGCUUGGUUACUUUGAGACCUCCUACAGUCAGAAGCCAGCCUCUGCGCCGUGGUCUGCCAGUGACACCGUCUUUGGAUUUUGGAUUGGAAUCAAUGAUAUUGGCUGGGCCUAUUCAAGCAAUGACGCCAGCGUCUUGGUUCCGAAACUAAUGGCGCAGUACGAAUCUCUUGUUGAAGAGAUCUAUGCAAAUGGUGGACGGAAGUUUUUGUUCCUCACUGUUCCCCCCACGAGCCGCAGCCCACUUUUCCUUGAUCAAGGGACGGACGUGGUAAAUGCCCACGCGGCGUGGGUCACGGCUUACAACAAGGGCCUUCAAUCGAUGGUCAAAAGCUUCAAGGCGAAGCACAGUGGCACCACCACCGUGAUUUACGAUACUUGGAGUUUCAUGACCAAGAUCCUCGACAGCCCCCAGAAGUAUGGAUAUCCGAAUGCCACCUGCAUCAGUGAAGAUGGGACCUCGUGCGUCUGGUAUAAUACCUAUCACCCAGGCUACAAGUAUCAUCAGCUGCAGGCAGCAGAUAUGAAACCGCACCUUAAGUCUCUUGGUGCGUGGUAA